GCUCUCACUCCCGAUGCGAUUGCCAAGCGCACCAAGCGCCACCUCGACGAGCUAGAGCGCUCCAAUUAUGCCGAGCCUUCAACGUCUUUCAUCGCAGGUGAUGACGAUGCUGAGGGCAGCACGAACAAGAGAGGUCGCGCCCGCGAGACCAUCUCGGAUAAGCGCCCUCUUGAACCUGGCGCGAAGCGCAAAAAGUCGAGCAUGAACGUGCGCACCGCCGUCCUUUAUCGCAAAAACCUUGCCACCCUCAUCGACGAGUCCGGGAUCGCCAAUCUCCCUGCUGGCACACCGAGCUACCUGACUGCUGUGACGGAUCCCCCUGCGGCCCCACCCCGCCUACUCUGUUCUGUU